AGUUUUUCUGACAGAACGGAAGCCGAGAUGGGCCAAACUAGCCCAUCCGGAUAACAGAGACAAACUUGGCAGCGAGCGGAUGAACUGGACGGAUCUUUGUUCUUCACAGCCUCAGCCCUCAACCUCUUUAUAUAUUUGCGUAUCGUUACUUAUAUGUCUCACAUUUAUAUCAAGAUUAUAUAAAAUACUCCUUCACUGGGCACGCAGUUUCAGCACAGGCAUAUACUUUUUGAGCUAGCAUAUUUUCUUAGUGUUUUUAGUUCAUUCUCCCCCCCACCCCCCACCGACGAGGUUUUAUUGGACCAAGAUAGGCGGCGCGGGCACCAAGAUGUCGAACCGGAUGGUGUGCAGAGAAGCGAGCCACGCCGGCAGCUGGUACACGGCCUCAGGAUCCCAGCUUAACGCACAACUCGAGGGCUGGUUAUCUCAAGCACAAUCUACAGCUGGUCCAGCUAGAGCCAUUAUAGCACCGCACGCUGGCUACACUUACUGUGGCGCGUGUGCCGCCCACGCCUACAAGCAGGUGGACCCCUCCAUCACUCGGAGGGUGUUCAUACUCGGCCCCUCUCACCAUGUGCCGCUGUCUCGCUGUGCCCUCUCCCCCGCCGAGGUCUACAGAACGCCACUGUACGACCUGAGGAUCGACCAGAAGGUUUAUGCUGAUCUGUGGAAAACAGGCAUGUUUGAGAGGAUGAGUCUGCAGACAGAUGAAGACGAACACAGCAUUGAAAUGCACCUGCCUUAUACCGCUAAAGCCAUGGAGAGCCAUAAAGAUGAGUUCAGCAUCGUCCCUGUGCUGGUGGGAGCUCUGAGUGAAUCUAAAGAGCAGGAAUAUGGCAAGCUGCUUAGCAAAUACCUGGCUGAUCCUUCUAAUCUUUUCAUUAUCUCCUCUGACUUCUGCCACUGGGGUCAACGUUUCCGUUACACCUACUACGAUGAAAGUCAAGGAGAGAUCUACAGAUCUAUCGAGCACCUUGACAAAAUGGGAAUGGGAAUUAUAGAACAGUUGGACCCCAUCUCCUUUAGCAAUUAUUUGAAGAAAUAUCAUAAUACUAUUUGUGGUCGCCAUCCCAUUGGCGUUCUUCUAAAUGCCGUGGCGGAACUGAAAAAGAACGGCAUAGACAUGAACUUCUCUUUCCUAAACUAUGCGCAGUCGAGCCAGUGCCGAAACUGGUCGGACAGCUCUGUGAGUUACGCUGCUGGAGCUCUCAUCGUUCAUUGAGGUGAACUUUCCCAGGAGCUGCGGAGCCUCCUAGAAGACCCAAGCCCCUCCCACCCGUCCCGUU